AUGUAUUUGCGUUGUGUGACAGGUGAUCGGCCUCGCGCUUGGGUGGACUGGCUCUCUUGGGCGGAGUACUGCUACAACACCUCCUAUCACUCCGCCCUGCGCGCUACGCCGUUUGAGGUGGUCUAUGGUCGACCACCCCCGCCUAUACUACCGGUGGACCCGGAGACGGCUCGGACAGCGGUUGCGGGUGACCUUAUCCGCACCCGUGACGAGAUGCUUGCUGAGGUCCGUCAGCGUCUCUUUCAGGCCCAGCAGCUGGCCAAGCAUUACUACGACGAUCAUCAUCGCGAGGCGGAGUUCGCGGUCGGUGAUUGGGUGUGGCUGCGUCUUCUCCACCGCUCUACGCAGUCACUUGACCCGCGCGCCAAGCGCAAGCUCGGGCCUCGCUACGCCGGGCCCUUCCCUAUCUUGGAGCGCAUUGGGAAGACAGGACUGACAGGUCACUCUUUUGCAGAGCAAAUUCUUGGGACUGAAGCUAGAUCAGAGAUAAUUCUAGGAGUUAUCUUUUUGUGCCUUGAAUUUUUAUAUAAGCUUUUGCUGCAUCGUUUCUUUGUCUCUGAAAAGCUGUUUGGGUUCAAGGCCAAACAAGGUUUCACCACCAAGAAUAUCAAGAUGACAUUCUAUGGUACACAGGACAAGUGCAAGGCUUGUGACAAGACCGUUCAUUUCAUUGACCUCCUUACUGCGGAUGGCAUUCCCUACCACAAGUAUUGCUUCAAAUGCAGCCAUUGCAAAGGCACUCUUUCGAUGUGCAGCUACUCCUCCAUGGAUGGAGUUCUUUUCUGCAAGACUCAUUUUGAGCAGCUUUUCAAGGAAACAGGCAGCUUCAAGAAAAACUUCCCCACAUGCGCAAAGGCAAAUAAUGAGCAGUCUAAGGUCCCAAACAAGUAUGGCUCUGUGUUCUGUGGAACUCAGGACAAGUGUGCUGCCUGCAAGAAGACUGUGUACCCAUUGGAGAAGAUGACCUUGGAGGGCGAGCCCUACCACAAGACCUGCUUCAAGUGCGCUCACGGCGGCUGCAUCCUGACGACCGCAUCCUGCGCCUCCCUUAACGGGAUCCUAUACUGCCAGAACCACUUCUGGCAGCUGUUCAAGGAGACGGGCAGCUACAGCAACCUGCUCAAGCCCGCCUCGGCCAAGAACGCCGACGAGCCAGAGGCAGCCAAGGAAGAGGAGCAGGCGCCGGAAGCUGCCGAGGACCAGGAGAGCUCAUAA